UCUUCAGAAGACACAACAGGGCCCUUCUUGAAAGAAAUGCUUCUUCUGACUGUACUCCUGCUCUUUUCUGCUGUUCUGAACCAGUCUUUAGGACAGGAAGAGGAGGAGAAUGAAGAAGAUGAGGAGGACUUAACCAAAGGGAGUGGUGUCGCCCUAGAGCUUCAGCAGGAAAUUGUGGACAGACACAAUGAAAUUAGGAGAAAUGUGGAGCCAACUGCCAGCAAUAUGCUGAAGAUGAUAUGGAAUGAGACAAUUGGUGUGAGUUCUAGAAAAUGGGCCGAUCAAUGUCAGCCAGCCAGCAGUCCCAUGGAAGACCGAACGUUUGAUGGUGUGCUGUGUGGACAGAGUAUAUUCCAAUCAAAUCAAGUCGUAUCCUGGUUAGAAGUAAUCAACUACUGGUACGGUCAAAGACAUGUUUUCAAGUAUGGAGUUGGGGCUCUUGACCCCCUUAAAAGCAUUUACGGCUAUACACAGGCUGUUUGGUAUCGCUCAUACCAGAUUGGAUGCGCCGUUUCUUAUUGUCUGCUGAAUGAGUACUCUUUCCACUAUGUCUGCCAAUAUUGCCCUACAGGGAACAUAGCACACCAAGUAGCAACACCCUACAAAGAAGGCCCAUCUUGUGGAGACUGCCCUAAGAACUGCGAGGAUAAACUCUGCACCAACCCCUGCCCAUAUAUGGAUCAGGCUGGACAUUGUGAUCAACUGAAAAAAUUUGUUGGCUGUAAAACGGCUAAUAAGAAUGGGCAUUGCAAAGCCACCUGCAGAUGCAAAAACAAAAUUAAAUAAUAUGUAAAUCAAUUUCACAUCACAAGACCAACCUUGGAUCACAGUUCCUAACUGAAGUGGAUGUCAAUUCAGUAUUAAAGGCAAUUUCCAUUUUUGCUCUA